GAGCAACACGUCUUUUCCGGAGACACAAGCCAGCGGUGUCUCCCUGCCGUCCCUCUGUGCACACAGAAUGAAUAUUUUUUUCAAUUUGAGGGGAAGCGUGGUGAGGCAAAUAGCAGAGGACAGACCUGUACCAGAACAUGGGUUUAACAGCCCCUUGAUAAGAGGUAUCCCUCCUCAGCAUGGCUGCACACAUUAAAACCUGUACUGCAGAGUGCCUUCAGUAAACACAGAGAGGCAGCCAUGAGCCAUCCACGCCGAUCAUCGAGUUCCCAUGGUGACAGGUCAUCCACCGAGACGCUUCAGAAGAACAACAGCAGCAACUCUGGCGUUAUUCUGGACAUCUCGGCUCUCAAGAUGGCGGAGGUGGACACGGAGGUGCCCCCUCUUCCACCUCGCUAUCGCUUCAGGGAUUUGCUGCUGGGCGACCAGACAUUUCAGAAUGAUGACAGGGUGCAGGUGGAGUUCUAUGUGAACGAGAACACCUUCAAGGAGAGGCUGAAGCUUUUCUUCAUCAAAAACCAAAGGUCAAGCCUGAGAAUCCGCCUGUUCAACUUCUCACUGAAGAUCCUCACCUGUGCCCUCUACAUACUGAGAGUCAGCCUGGAUAACCCCCAGGUGGUCAACAGCAACACAUGUGCAACAUGUCGGAACAACAGUGGGACAAAUACAACAGAGUCAGCAGAAAUCAACUGGGAGUUGAUUUUCUGGGUUAACAGACCAGUUCCUUUAUGGGCGAUACAGGUGACAGUGGCCUUAAUCAGUUUUUUGGAGACCAUGCUUAUCACAUAUCUCAGCUACAAGGGGAACAUUUGGGAGCAGAUAUUCCAGAUAUCCUUUAUAUUGGAGAUGAUCAACACAGUGCCAUUUAUAAUCACAAUCUUCUGGGAUCCAUUGAGAAACAUAUUUGUCCCUGUAUUUCUUAACUGCUGGCUAGCCAAAGGUGCCCUGGAGAACAUGAUUAAUGACUUCCAUCGAGCCAUCCAGAGGACCCACUCUGCCAUGUUCAACCAGGUGUUCAUCCUCAUCUGCACCUUACUGUGUCUGGUUUUCACGGGAGCUUGUGGGAUCCAGCAUCUAGAGAGAGCCGGGAAGCACCUGUCCCUGUUCGACUCGUUCUAUUUCUGCAUCGUCACCUUCUCCACUGUGGGCUAUGGCGACGUUACGCCACAAAUCUGGCCCUCCAAGCUGCUGGUAGUCAUUCUCAUCUGUGUCGCCCUGGUAGUGCUUCCAUUGCAGUUUGAAGAACUAGCCUACCUGUGGAUGGAGAGCCAGAAGUUAGGAGGAAACUACAGCCGCCACCGGGCGCAGACAGAGAAGCAUGUGGUGUUGUGUGUCAGCUCACUGAAGAUUGACCUGCUGAUGGAUUUCCUCAACGAGUUCUACGCUCAUCCCAGACUACAGGACUACUAUGUGGUGAUCCUGUGUCCAACUGAAAUAGACAUUCAGGUUCGCCGUAUACUCCAAAUCCCACUGUGGUCCCAGAGGGUCAUCUAUCUUCAAGGAUCUGCCCUCAAAGACCAAGACCUGAUGAGGGCCAAGAUGGACGACGCUGAGGCCUGCUUCAUCCUCAGCAGCCGGAACGAGGUCGACCGCACCGCUGCUGAUCACCAGACUAUUUUGAGGGCUUGGGCUGCGAAAGACUUCGCUCCAAAUUGCCCUCUCUACGUCCAGAUUCUCAAACCAGAAAAUAAAUUCCAUGUUAAGUUUGCAGAUCAUGUAGUAUGUGAAGAGGAGUUUAAAUAUGCCAUGUUGGCGCUGAACUGUGUUUGUCCAGCCACGUCUACCUUAGUCACACUCCUGGUUCACACCUCCAGAGGACAAGAGGGUCAGUUGUCACCAGAGCAGUGGCAGAGGACAUAUGGACGCUGCUCUGGAAACGAGGUCUACCACAUCCGCUUGUGUGACAGCAAGUUUUUUGGGGAGUAUGACGGAAAGAGCUUCACCUAUGCCUCCUUCCACGCCCAUAAGAAGUAUGGUGUGUGUUUGAUCGGAGUGAAGAGGGAGGACAACAAGAGCAUCCUCCUGAACCCCGGCCCCCGCCACAUCAUGGCCGCCCCUGACACCUGCUACUACAUCAACAUCACCAAGGAGGAGAACUCGGCCUUCAUCUUCAAACAGGAAGAGAAGCACAACAAGGGCCUGCCCGUCACUGGCCUUUACGACGCCCCCUCUAGGCUGCCCGUGCACAGCAUCAUCGCCAGCAUGGUUGAUCAGGCCACUGCAUAUGGUACUGUAGCGAUAGAUCUCCAAAACCCUGAUCCUCCCGAAGAAAGCAGCAAACUGACCUUGCCGACAGAGAACGGCGCGGGAAGCCGCAGGCCAAGCAUCGCGCCUGUCCUAGAGAUUGCCGACUCCUCCGCCAUUCUGCCCUGCGACCUCCUCAGCGACCAAUCAGAGGAUGAGACCAACCAAUCGGAUGAGGAGGGCUCUGUAGGAUCAGAUUUUGUGAAGGGCUACCCUCCAAACUCACCGUACAUUGGCAGCUCUCCAACUCUGUGCCAUCUCCUACCACAGAAAGCUCCAUUCUGCUGCCUUCGCCUCGACAAGGGCUGUACACAUAGCAGUUUUGAGGAUGCCAAGGCAUACGGCUUCAAGAAUAAGCUGAUUAUAGUGUCCGCAGAGACAGCGGGAAAUGGUCUGUACAACUUCAUUGUCCCUCUCCGUGCUUACUAUCGACCCAGGAAGGAGCUCAACCCCAUAGUGCUGCUGCUGGACAACCCGCCAGACAACCACUUCUUAGAGGCCAUUUGCUGCUUUCCAAUGGUUUACUUCAUGGCUGGCACUAUCGAUAACUUGGACAACCUGCUACAGUGUGGUAUAAUCUACGCCGACAACUUGGUGGUUGUGGACAAGGAGAGCACCAUGAGCGCUGAGGAGGACUACAUGGCAGACGCCAAGACCAUCGUCAACGUCCAGACUAUGUUCAGGUUGUUCCCCAGCCUCAGCAUCAUCACUGAGCUCACACACCCGUCCAACAUGAGGUUCAUGCAGUUCAGAGCCAAGGACUGCUACUCACUUGCACUUUCCAAACUAGAAAAGAUAGAGCGUGAUAAGGGCUCCAACUUGGCCUUCAUGUUCCGGCUGCCGUUUGCUGCAGGCAGGGUGUUCAGUAUCAGCAUGUUGGAUACACUGCUUUACCAGUCGUUUGUUAAGGACUAUAUGAUCGCUAUUGCGAGGCUUCUUCUUGGUCUGGACACCACGCCUGGCUCUGGAUACCUGUGUGCUAUGAAGAUCACAGAGGAGGACUUGUGGAUCAGGACUUACGGCAGACUCUUCCAGAAGCUUUGUUCCUCCAGUGCUGAGAUCCCCAUAGGGAUCUACCGCACAGAGUCGCACAUGUUCUCAACCUCAGAGUGUAAGGACAGUUACGUACAGUCUCAGGUGUCCAUCAAUGUCGAGCAGGGCAUGGAGCACCGCGAGCGCGGAGAGUCCUGGAAGGAGAAGACGGCCCACAGAAAUUCCACAACGAGUGACCAAUCGGAGCACCCGCUGCUGAGGAAGAAGAGCAUGCAGUGGGCACGGCGGCUGAGCAGGAAGGCCAACAAACCGUCUAGCAGAGCGGAGCGUAUCUCGCAGCAGAGACUCAACCUGUACCGGCGGUCCGAGCGUCAGGAGCUGUCAGAGCUGGUCAAGAAUCGCAUGAAGCACCUGGGUCUGCCCACCGUGGGAUACGAGGAUGUUUCUAAUCUCACUGCGAGCGAUGUCAUGAAUCGAGUAAAUCUAGGAUAUUUACAAGACGAGAUGAACGACCACCAGAACACACUGUCCUACGUCCUCAUCAAUCCUCCUCCUGACACCAUGCUGGAGCUCAACGACAUUGUAUACAUUAUCCGGUCCGAUCCGCUGGCACACAUGCCAGAGGACUCGCAGGGGGGUCAGGCCCGCCCCACCACCAAGAACCAGCAGGAGUUUGGCACAGAGACGAGGGACGAGACUCACCUCUGAAACCCCCCCCCACCCCCCUCGACACCCUGACCCUUAACGUCUAAGCCCCGCCUGGGCCGACAGAGCUCGUUUGUCUCACAAAGAUGAAGGCUUGUCUCGGGCCAAGAACAGCAGUCCAUAGUGAAUGUGCAUUAUGUGUCUCUCAGUGUCAGACCAGAAUUAGUCAACAUUUAAACAGACGGCCCUGAGAGAGAGCUGCGGAUCCCCAUUGAGCUGCUACAGGAGGACGCAUGAAGAGUGCCUCGUCAUCGACUCCGACUCCUCUCACGCGUCUACUGUACCCUAACACACCUCACCCACAAAACCACCUGAAACCGAGAACCCGGCACUGGAAACGGCUCCCUCCCUCCAACCAAAGGACUGAGAGAUUUGAUCGACGUGAGAGGUCAGCGACGGCCAGGAGAGGGUUGUUUUUCCGUGCACAUACUGUACAGGAUAUCACAUCACCAUUUCACUCAGGAGUGAAGUUGCCCUCGUGCCACGACUCAGACCGACUUGCUCUACGCCUGUUUCUACCUAAACUCACGAGAAGAAAAAAAAGAAUCUUGGGGCAACUACUCCAUCCUCCGCUACGAAUCUCAAGCAAUCAAAGCAUUUACCACGAAAUUCCAGUACAUGUGCACUUUUCUUAAUUUAUUACAAAUGUUGUCUCUUUCUAAUCAGACAGGAGUUUAAGUUUCUUUAUGAGCACAAACUUUUUUACGACAUCUGUGAAUAUACACACUGUAGUGGCACUUUUAUCAGCCGUAUUAGAAGAAUCAGCAUUUCUCUCUCAAUUAUGUUGUUUCGGAAACUGAUUUCCGUUGUGUUUAUCGUUAUUAUAUUUUUAAUUUAUUUCUUUAAGUGUACCAAAUAAUGUCUGCUACAAUGUGUGCCAUUCUUUUUGUUUACUCUCUUGCUCUGUAAAUACCUUUGAAAAUGAUUUGUGCAUCAUGUGCCAUUUUGCAUCUGUUUUAUGAUAUCAGUGUUAUUUUUAUUUUAUUCUGUUAUUUUAGAGCCUGACAGGGACAUUGGCUGGGCCAAUAUUAUCAGCUGAUUAGCUCAUCAAAGAUGUGUCAGCCAAUAUGUAACAAGACAUUUCAGUUGAGAAAUGCUAAAAAAGAGUGUCAGUAAAUGAAGGCUAAAUUAAUCAUCAUCAAGUAUCAAAAAUACUUAAGUAAUGUCUUAUAAUUCAGUAUAGUUUACAGUAUUUCUCAAGUGUUAUAACAUUUUUAUAUAUCAGUCUUACUUCUCUCAGCUAAACUUAAACACAAUCUUGCUUUAUUUGUGCCAUUUUCCAUGUAAAAUGUCUCACUCAGUACGUAUCUUUGUCACAACUCUUUAUUAACCAGAUUUAAAGGAAUAAUUAUUUGGCAGAUGCGUUUAUUUGCUAUUUUGCAGCGAUUCAGAUGAGAACCUUAACACCACUCUCACAUCUGUACGAUGAAUAAGAAGCUUAGCUUAGCAUAAGGGCUAAGCUAAUGGAAACGGGCAAACGGCUAGUAAUUAACAUCGUUUGCUUAAUCCAUACAAAAACCUGUAAAUGACAGAAUGACGUGUUCGUAUCAGUGGAUUAAAUAAACUAUAAAGUGUUACUUAGUGACCGUCAGAGGGGCUCCUCGCUGCGGCUUCAUGUGACAGAAAUGAGAGCGGUAUCGAUCAUCUCAUCUAACGUUUAGGAAGUAGAAGUGUAUAUUCCAAAUUGUCAAACUAUUACUUUGAGGUAUCCUUAUCAGGAAUAUUUUUUUCCCCGAAUGUAUUUAAUUAAUAUUAGCCGAUAUAUCAUUAUCAAAUUGUUUUCACUCAAAUAUCCGUAUUGGCCCCAAAAGUCAGGCUCUAGUAACUUUAAUUCCUUUAAAGUUGAUGGUAGAUAUUUAUUGUGAUGCUCCACUUUCCGAACUCUUUUAGGAGUUGCAGUAUUACUGGUUGCAGAACCGUUUUGCACAGGCUGCCACCGUACAGUCUAUUUCUAAAUCAAUUUGGAACGUACUUGAGCUGAAGACGAAGUGCUCUCCUCUUCAAAUUGUACAGGCCACACCUUGUGUAUAAGGCAGAGUCAGUGUGCAGUAUUAUUUCCUCUAGGUUUAUCAUUCCUCAGUGUUCAGUUCAAUCACUGUAAAUAGUAACUUCUCUUUUUGUUUGCCUCUUUGUUCUUUUGUUGCGGUCUCUUCUGUGUGAAGAAAGAGGACUUGAACUAUUUUUGCACUACGCUCUGCGGGGAUGACGAGAGCAUAACAGCAUGACCCUUUAAUCUGAAUCUGUACAAUGCGAUGGACAGAAUUCAGCUAUUCUUGUGAAGCAAAGACAGUCAAAUGUGCAGUAACAUGUCAUGCAUUUAGUUGAUUUAUUCAGGUGUCUGAAAAGCUUAUUUUGGUGAGUGCCAUUCUUGUUAAAGAAAUAUGAAGUGAUAGUAACGAUGAUGUAAUCUCAGAUGGAUUGUUUCCUCUUUUAGAUCUUUGGUUUCUUUUUUUUGUUAUGAAGAAUCAGCAUAAGCUUUUUUUUAUGUUUAGCAGUGUACAUACUUUGCACAGAUUCCCAUUUGAAAUGUACUGUUGAUCUUUGCUCAGCGGGCCCCUCAGAGGUGUCAGUUUACAGGGCAGGAGAGCUGAGGAGGGAAAAUGUGAGCGACCACGAUGAGGGUACGAUCGGUGUUCAGACCCAUUCAUUUAACAUCGUCCUCACUUUCUGACCAAUCACACUCCGAGGAGUUCACUUCAAACCUCCUACUGUCCAUACUUACAAUACCACAAGGGGCAUGCAAACACUAAACAGCAUGUUUUGAUAUACAAGCUUGCCAAGAAUGAUAAUUUUGUACAUUUAGCAGGACAUUUUAGUGUCACUUAGUCCCGUGGCUAGAGAAACCCAUAAUCAAGUCAACUGCUUGCAAGUUGGAGCCAUUAUUUGAUACUGUGUAUUUAUAUGAAUGGAACAUGCAUGUUGUCUAGGUGUUAUCAACAGCCUACGUAUUCUGUUUACCUCCACUUUAUGUUUUUAAGGCAUUGUCAUAAAAGAGUUGGUCCAUUUUGUACUAUUUCUUAUGAGAUGCGAGUGUACUUCUCGACCUAAAAAAUAUGAACAAAUAAAUGCUGCAUGCAGCCAGAUAAAACGA